AUGAAGCUCUCUAUACUCCUCCUCGGCACGGCCCUCGGUGCCAUGGCCGUUCCCCACGGGGGCCGCAUCGCCCGCGACACUCCUUCCAUCUCCGACAGCGUCAGCGCCAGUCCCACGUCUACACCGGUUGCUGCUAGCAGCAGUGCAACUCCCAGCAGCGCCUCCCCAAGCAGCGCCUCCCCAAGCAGCGCCUCUCCAAGUAGUGUGGCCCCCAGCAGUGCCAGCGCUUCGCCGAGCAGCAGCAGCGUAACGCCUUCCAGCACCCCCGUGUCCUCCGCAGCACCGACGGCGUCGCCGGUAAGUUGGGAAGCCCACGACCGACGAUGA